AUGCAAAGUAUAAAACUGACCAGCCCCUCCAGGAAUGUGGAGGACCAGAGAGGCAGCGAGAGCCCGGGCCAAAAAAUGGAGACACCCAGGUACCGCAGCUGGAGCGGCCUCCGCUUCUCAAGAUGGAAAACUGGUUCCCAAAAAACAACCCCUCCUGGAUCCCCCUCUCCGAAGACAGAAAUGAGGAGCGAGGUGAACAAGACUCUCUUCUCCCUGGUCAAGACUCACAACGACGACUACACAGCUGACCCCGAUGGCCUGCUGGACAUCCACCGUGAUGGCGAAGAAAGUGAAGAUGAGAUUGUACCGGAACAGUCCAGGUCCAUCUUCAAUAUGCAGUUUGGCUCCUUGCUGCAGCCCGGGGUCAACAAGUUCUCCCUGCGCAUGUUUGGCAGUCAUAAAGGUGUUGCUGCUGAGCAGGCCAGGGUCAAAUCCUUUGGAGUGUGGAUCAUUCACCCCUACAGUGACUUCAGAUUUUACUGGGACAUUGUGAUGCUGCUGUUGAUGAUGAGUAACCUGGUCAUUUUGCCCUGGGGAAUCACCUUCUUUGAGGACCAGAACACCAUGCCGUGGAUCACCUUUAACGUCAUGUCUGACACACUCUUCCUCAUGGACCUGGUUUUCAACUUCCGUACGGGCAUCCCAGGAGAGGACAGCCAAAUCAUCCUUGAUCCAAAAGAGAUCCGCAUGCAUUACCUCCGCACCUGGUUUCUGGUAGAUUUUAUCUCGUCCAUACCUGUCGACUACAUCUUUCUCAUCGUUGACCUGGAGUCCCUACACGAUUCAACAGAUGUCUACCGCACCGCCCGCGCCCUCCGCAUCGUGCGUUUCACCAAGAUCCUCAGUUUGCUGCGCCUCCUCCGACUGUCUCGUCUCAUCCGCUACAUUCACCAAUGGGAAGAGAUUUUCCAUAUGACUUAUGACCUGGCCAGUGCUGUGGUGCGUAUAGUCAACUUGAUUGGCAUGAUGCUGUUGUUGUGCCACUGGGACGGCUGCAUGACCUUCAUGGUGCCCAUGCUGCAGGACUUUCCUCCAGACUGCUGGGUAUCCAAAAAUAAUAUGGUGAAUGCUACAUGGCACUUACAGUACUCCUACGCCCUGUUUAUGGCCAUGAGUCACAUGCUGUGUAUUGGAUACGGCGCCCACCCUCCAGAGGGAAUUAGUGACGUAUGGCUCACUAUGACUAGUAUGGUUAUCGGAGCCACCUGCUAUGCCAUGUUCCUCGGUCACGCAACUACCCUAGUCCAGUCCUUAGAUGCUUCACAUCGGCAGUACCAGGAGAAGUAUAAGCAAGUGGAGCAGUACAUGUCAUUCCAUAAACUGCCAGCGGAUGUAAGGCAGAGGAUCCACGAUUAUUAUGAGCAGCGAUUCCAAGGAAAGAUGUUCGAUGAAGACAGCAUCCUUGGAGAGCUCAGUGAUCCACUCAAGGAGGAGAUCGUCAGCUACAACUGCCGUGGACUAGUAGCCAACAUGCCGUUGUUUGCCAACACUGACCCCCAUUUUGUGACAGUGAUCCUGACCAAGCUGCGUUUCGAAGUCUUCCAACCUGGAGACAUGAUUAUAAGAGAAGGGACGCUGGGUCGGAAAAUGUACUUCAUCCAGCAUGGCUCUGUCAUCGUCCAACCACGGGGCAGUAGGGAGAUUCAGCUCAGCGAUGGAGCAUAUUUUGGGGAGAUCUGCUUACUGACCCAAGGACGACGCACAGCCAGUGUUACGGCUGAAACCUACUGUCGUCUUUACUCUUUGAGUGUGGACAGUUUCAACGAGGUCCUGGAGGAGCACCCUCUGAUGAGGAGGGCCUUUGAGAGUGUGGCUGUGGACCGUUUGGGCCGGGUUGCACGCAGACCUAGUUAUCAGCCUCCUGAAUGA